CUUCACCACGUGACCACCAAUAAAAGAACAUGGCGACGCACUGUUCUGUGGGACUGGCAACAAGAUCAGCAGGACUCGGUGGUUUCCUGCGUAGAGUUUUUUCUUUAAGAAGCUGGGGUCCCCCACAAUCCCUACUGUGUCCGCAACAUCGUCAGUUCUUCUGGAGGAAGUGGAAAAGUUCUCACAAUGUAGUUCGUCCAGCUACUGUUAGGCCCGCCUAUGCAGUACCCAAGCACAUUGUGCAGCCUGACUAUGUGAGCCAUAGACUGGUCCCAGAAUGGCCGGACUACAUAGAGAUCAAAAACCAAGAGCAGAUCGAAGGUCUUGCCAGAGCCUGUCAGCUAGCCAGACAAGUGCUGCUACUAGCUGGACGCAGUCUGAGGGUUGGUAUGACAACGGAUGAAAUAGACUUCAUCGUGCACCAGGAGACGAUCAAGCACAGUGCCUACCCAUCCCCUCUCAGAUAUGGGGGUUUCCCCAAGUCAGUCUGUACAUCUGUGAACAACGUGGUCUGUCAUGGCAUACCUGACAGUCGGCCACUUGAAGAUGGAGAUAUCAUCAACGUUGAUGUCACGGUGUAUUUAGAUGGUUACCAUGGUGACACUUCAGAAACCUUCUUGAUUGGCCAGGUGGAUGAGGUCGGGCAGCGAUUGGUGGAAACUGCAAGGCGCUGUCGAGAUGAGGCCAUUGCUGCCUGCAAGCCAGGUGCACAGCUCUGUGUUAUAGGAAACACGAUCAGUGAAAUCGCCCACGCCAGUGGUUUUAAAGUGUGUCCUUAUUUCAUUGGACAUGGAAUAGGUUCUGACUUUCAUUGCCAUCCUGAGAUCUGGCACCAUGCUAACGACAAUGACAUGAUCAUGGAUGAAGGGAUGUCUUUCACGAUAGAGCCCAUACUGCUGGAGGGGUCUGCAGAGUUUAGAAUCCUGAAGGACAAGUGGACCGCAGUGUCUGCAGACGAUCAAAGGUCCGCUCAGUUUGAACACACGGUGGUUAUCACGUCUGACGGAGUGGAUAUUCUCACUAAACUGCCCGAAGAGAGCAAUCUGGGACCUGAAGGAAACUAACUGAAGUUCAGCUGUCACAUCUCUUUACCUCAAACUACCUGAGAUAACAAAACGCUGUUUCAAGAACUUGAGUGGUGAUUCACCGACACAUAUUCAAAAUGAGUUUCUACCUGUGAAGUGUAUUGAAAGACCGAGGUGCAUCAACAGGAAAAAGUGGCUGCUGGUGCAUCUAAUUGCUGAAGUAGAGAUAUAUGCAUGUCAUGAGUGUUUAUAUUUCCAUUAUAAGAGAUGCCAAUCUUCUUCAAAUGUCACUAACCUAUCAGCAGCUGACCAGUUUAGCCAGUUUAUUUAUUUUUCAGAUUUGUGUGAUCCUUUAUGACAGCUAUGACACCGUUAAUGGAGUCCAUGAUAGCUUAAUUGUAUUUCUGCCAUUCAAGAGAGACUUGUAACACAAGUAGGACCUUAGCAAGCAUUUUAGAAAUACUGAGGUCAUGAGUCCAAGAGGGUCAAAGUUCAAGGUGUAAUGUUAUGACGAAGAUGUAUGGCCCAAUUAAGUGUUUACUGUAUGCAACAGUGCAUACGUUGUAAAGUUGACUGCAGAAUGUCCUAAAAGUAAAAAGUAUGAUUGAGGCUGCAGUGUAGCAUACUAUAAGGAGUAGUGGAGAAGUGGCAUACUGUGUCAUCAAGUCCAGCCAGUAGAUGGCAGCACACAAUACAUUUUACCUUGAGCAUGUUGUAGCAAGCUUCACAUCUUCCCUCAUGUCACUCAUAAUGGGCUGCAGCACAACAUCUGACCAUCUCAAAUCUGUUCAUGGCCCAUAAAUGGAAAGCACAAGUGUCAAUAAUGAAUUGUUUUGUAAAGUCUACGCCUGAGGCCAACUUGAUUAUUUACAUGACGAGGGCUUUUCACACAACCACCAGACUUUAUUUAGCAUGACAUUGCUUUAGUGCAGCUUACUUGCUGAACAAUAAAAUCUGGACUAGAGGACAAAAAUGCUGCAUGGGGGUUGUACAUUCCUCUCUGCAUCAACCCCUUGUUCUAUUUGUCCUAUUCCUCUUAACUUUUGCCCACAGGUGGAUUUAAUAAAGAAGAGAACAUGCAAUCCAA